AUGGCACCGACGACGACGGGGCCGGUGGUAGACGAGCGGUUCUGCGCGCCGCACGCGACGGCGUUCACCGUGAGCAAGAAGCCGGAGCGCAACAUGAGCAUCAGGGACGACGCGGAUGGCGCGGCGGUGAUGCGGGUGGAGGGGCAGCUGUGGUGCUGGCCCCGGCGGUCCAUCCUCCUGGACGCGGCGUCGUGCCAGACGGUGGUGACGGUGAAGCGCUGCCCGUCGCUGCUGCCGGUGACCCGGAGGUGGGAGGCGUUCAGAGGGGGCAGCACGAGCCCGGAGGAGCUGCUCUUCGCCACAGUGUCGCAGCCAUGGGUGUUCUCCAGGGGCGUGGUCCACGUGCACCUCGCCGGCGGCAACCGGAGAUACAGCGAGAGGCGCGUGGACUACGUGGUCGUGUGCGGCGGACAGGACGGGCGCGAGUGCACCGUCUCCCUCGGCAGGGCCAACGGCCCCGCCGUCGCCAAGAUCAACCGCACGACCGAACCGUCCGAUGAGCAGCCGGAGUAUAGGGUUAGUGUCAACCCAGGCGUCGACCGUGCUUUCAUCCUGGCGCUCACCGUGAUUCUGGACGAGAUACGUGUCGACGAAUCUUGGCGGCACAGGAACUGA